CGUUAUAUAAGCCAUGAAUGUUUUUGUCCUUUCAACAAAUUUGAUUCUUGUCUUUCUUCGAACCUGCUCCACCCGUCCACUUCCCCAGUUCGCCGGAGAUGGGUUUCCGGCGAAUAUCUCUCACCUGCCUCAUCUUCCUCUGCCUCUUGGUUUCAUCUCACGCUCUUGAGUCUUACACUCGCCGGAAACACAGAAUCAAAGGACCCAUCAAAACCAUUGUCGUUUUGGUCAUGGAGAACCGUUCGUUCGACCAUGUCCUCGGCUGGCUCAAAUCCACCCGACCCGAAAUUGACGGGUUGAACGGCAAAGAAUCGAACCGGAUUUCUGUCUCCAACCAAAAUUCGCCGGAAGUGUUCGUCUCCGACGACGCUUUGUUCGUCGAUUCCGAUCCGGGUCACUCGUUUCAGGCAAUCCGGGAACAGAUUUUCGGGUCGAACGAGUCCACCGAGAACCCGGCUCCAAUGAACGGGUUCGCUCAGCAAGCGGAGAGUAUGGUCGAAGGAAUGUCGAAGACCGUCAUGAGCGGGUUCAAACCGAGGGUUUUGCCGGUUUACACCGAGUUAGUGAACGAGUUCGCCGUCUUCGACCGGUGGUUCGCUUCGGUCCCUGCGUCGACUCAGCCGAACCGGUUCUACGUCCACUCGGCGACCUCUCAUGGUGCAAUGAGCAACGUGAGGAAGGACCUCAUCCAUGGCUUCCCCCAGAGGACCAUUUUCGAUUCGCUGGAUGAGAGCGGCCUCAGCUUUGGGAUUUAUUACCAGAAUAUCCCGGCGACCCUGUUCUUCAAGAGCUUGAGGAAGCUGAAGCACGUGACCAAGUUCCACAGCUACGCACUGAAAUUCAAGCUGCACGCGAGGUUGGGCAAGCUACCGAACUACGUGGUGGUCGAGCAGCGCUACUUCGACAUCAAGGUUUCUCCGGCGAACGACGACCACCCGUCGCAUGACGUGGCGCGAGGACAGAGGUUCGUGAAGGAGGUAUACGAGGCCCUGAGAGCCAGCCCGCAGUGGAAAGAGAUGGCCUUGUUGAUUACCUAUGACGAGCAUGGUGGGUUCUAUGACCAUGUUCCUACCCCUGUUUCCGGUGUGCCAAACCCAGAUGGGAUUGUUGGACCCGACCCGUAUUACUUCCGGUUCGACCGACUGGGUGUUCGGGUUCCGACGAUACUUGUUUCGCCGUGGAUCGACAAGGGUACCGUGAUCCAUGAGCCGGUUGGCCCAACUCCACAUUCACAAUUUGAACAUUCUUCUAUCCCUGCUACUGUAAAGAAGCUUUUCAACCUGAAAUCAAAUUUCUUGACGAAGAGAGAUGCAUGGGCUGGCACUUUUGAGAAGUAUUUCUAUCUGCGCAAUACUCCUCGCGAAGAUUGUCCAGAAACUCUUCCUGAGGUGAAGACACCACUGAGGCCAUGGGGACCCAAAGAAGAUGCAAGCCUCUCGGAAUUUCAGGUGGAACUGAUCCAGCUUGCAUCUCAGCUGGUUGGCGAUUACGUGCUAAAUACAUAUCCAUACAUUGGCAGAGGGAUGAUAGUGGGUGAAGCCAACAAAUAUGCAGAGGAUGCAGUGAAGAGGUUCUUGGAGGCAGGAAGGGCUGCACUUAAAGCUGGAGCUAAUGAAUCAGCAAUAGUUACAAUGAGACCUUCACUCACUAGCCGUGUUGCAAUGGGAGAUACAAGCCACCGCCUAGAAACCUUUUGAUUCUCCUUCACAACACCCCACGUUGUAUAUGCUAUUAUGAUUAGCUUCCAAACUGCUCUCUCCGUAAAUAUGAUAGUUGGUAAUGAGCAAUUGGGUUAGAUGCCUUUCAGAGCUGAUAGUUAUUAAACAUGCUUUAGCAUUGUGAACUUGAUAAUUCUUAGUUUCAUAUACAUAUAUAUAUAUAUAUACACAUAUUUAUAUAUAUAAAGCUGAAAGUAAUGACUUGAAA